AUAAGGGACACCGUCUUCUGCAUCAAAACUUCUACUUUCCUUUUCACCACCGCCUACCUCAACUUGCCCAAAGGCUACGACAAACGAAAGCAUGUCGGACACCCUUGUAGAGGAGCUAAAAGACAAAGUCGUCAUUACUGACGAAGAGGUCGAUGUCUCAGACGUGGAAGAAAAGUUCCGUGUCCCUAAACCCGCCGGAUAUGACACUAUUGUUGUAAUCCAAGGUGCUCCUGUGGUAGAUGAGUCGAAGAAGAAGGAUUUCUUCCGUUUCUUAACGACCAGAGUAUUUGCAAAGAUCGGCAAGGUCAAGGAGAAUGGUUUGUAUAUGCCUUUUAACGAUGUUAACGGCACUUCAAAGUCGAUGGGUCUGGUUUUCGCCGACUUUGAAAAUGUGGACGCAGCAGACUUGUGUGUGCAAGAACUGGACGCCAAGCGUAUUGACAAGAGUCAUGUGUUCGCUGUCAGAAAGCUGAACCAAUUGGAAAAGGCUUUUAACACACCUGAAGAGUUUCACUUCGAAGAAGGUGAAUAUCAUGAACGCGAACACUUGCGUAGCUGGCUCGCCGAUUACUAUGGACGUGAUCAAUUCAUCAGCUAUGCCGGUAACACUGUCACUGUGAACUGGAACCGCAAAAGCGAUGUUCCUGAGCAAGUUGUCAGUCGCGAGAACUGGACGGAAACCUACGUUCAAUGGUCUCCUUUGGGUACAUACCUUGUAUCUCUCCAUCUCCGUGGUAUUCAACUUUGGGGUGGUGCCUCUUGGAAGAUGUGUGCUCGUUUCUUGCAUCCUUACGUGAAGUUUGUUGACUUUUCUCCUUCUGAGAAAUAUUUGGUUUCGUACUCCUACGAGGUUGUGAAGUUGCCUCCUAUUGGACACCCUGCUCGUGAGACUAUGCCUUUCUCCGACGCUGAUGAAGGCAAGAACUGCUUCAUCUGGGAUGUUCAAUCUGGUCGCAUUUUGCGUUCUUUUAAGAUUGCUCCCGGUGGUGACGUGAAGGACCCUAAGAAGGUUGUCUGGCCCAUCUUCAAGUGGUCUGCCAACGACAAGUACCUUGCUCGUAUGACCCCCGGUCAAUCUAUUUCUGUGUACGAGACUCCCUCCAUGGCCUUGGUGGACAAGAAGGUUAUGAAGAUUGAGGGUGUGCAGAGUUUUGAGUGGUGCCCCGUCGACGACGUUGUUGCCGAUAAGUCGGAACAAUUGUUGGCUUACUGGACACCUGAAUUGCAAAACCAGCCUGCCCGUGUAGCCUUAGUCAGUAUUCCCAGCAAGGCUACUGUUCGGACAAAGAACCUGUUUAAUGUUUCCGACUGUAAGCUCUACUGGCAAUCUCAUGGUGAUUAUAUGUGUGUGAAGGUUGAUCGUCACACGAAAACGAAGAAGUCUACCUUUUCUAACCUUGAAAUCUUCCGUGUCCGCGAGAAGAAUACCCCUGUUGAAGUCAUCGACCUGAAGGAGGUUGUUUUGAACUUCGCCUGGGAGCCCAAGAGCGACCGGUUCGCCAUCUUUUCCGCCAACGACCAGAGUUUAGGCUCGCCCAAUCUCAAAACAAACCUGAGUUUCUAUGGUCUUGAGAAGAAAAAGAAUACCCCCAGUGUUUUCCGUCACAUUGCCACUUUUGAGAAGAAGUCCUUGAAUUCUCUGUUCAUGAAUCCUAAGGGUCGCUUCUUGGCCGCGGCUACUCUUGGUUCUUCCACUCAGUAUGAUCUUGAAUUCUAUGACAUGGACUUUGAAAGUGAGAAGAAGGAGAAUGAAAACCUUGCCAACAUUCAACUUAUUGGCAGUGCCGAGCACUUUGGCAUGACCGAUAUCGAGUGGGAUCCUAGUGGACGUUACCUUACCACUAGCAGCACCAUCUGGAGACACAAACUUGAAAACGGUUACAGAAUUUGUGACUUCAAGGGCACAACCUUGCGUGAAGAGUUGGUAAAUGAUUUCAAACAAUUUAUCUGGCGUCCUCGUCCUCCUUCUCCUCUGACGAAGGAAGAGAUGAAGAAGGUCAGAAAGCAGUUGAAGGAGUACAACCGUCUCUUUGACGAGGAAGACAUUGCAGAAAAGAGUAGUGCCAAUCGUGAGCUUGCUGCCCGCAGACGCCGUCUCAUCGACGAUUGGGAGGCCUAUAGACAAAAGGUUACUGCCCAAGUCGCCGAGGAACGUAAGGCUUUGGGACAAACUGGUGUCGCUGAUGCUGCUUCUGCUGAAGAGGUUAUUGAAGAAACGAUUGAGGAAGUCGUUUCCGAAGAAAUUAUUCCUGUUGACGAGUAGGUGAUUCCUCCGGGCAAAGUUUUUGCGUUUUAUCGUCGUACAUGAUUUACUACAUUUGGGUGUUUACGAGUCAUCAUCGUCCGGUAUAUCUAUAGAAGUUGUGCUUGGACCUUUCGGCUGUUCCGGUCUUUGAGUGCUUGGGCAAGUUGUUUCAAUCGCACAAGGAUUUUCUGUAAAAAAAAUAAUCAGUUCCUUCCGAAGAGACAGAAGUGUAUGCGUAUUGGGGGGAUAUGAGAGUGUUGUGGCAUAUUGUUUUAGUAUUAAUCGUUUCCGU